AUGAGCUCGCCCGUAAAGCCGCGCAGCCCGGGCGAGCAGACCGCAGCGGCGCUGGGGGUCAGGCGCCCGUCCGGUGGUCGGAGAGGCGGGCGCGGGCUGCCGCUUGCGUGGGCAGCGUUGAAUGCUCGGAGGCGCCCGGCGCCCUCGCGCGCCCGUCGGGCCUGGCCGCUGGCCGCGCGGGCCGUCGGUGCGCGGCGGCUGGUGGAGGGGGGGGGCGUGCCGCUGAUGGCCCUGCUCAUCGCGGUCUGCCUCUCAGUUCUUUCGCGGCCCUCUUCCCUGCUGGCGGCCAGCGGGCGCGAUCCGGCGCCGCCGUCGUGCGCGGCGGGGGGCAGCUGGAGUCUCCUCGCGCGCCCGCGGGAGAGGGCCGGCCCGAGCGCGGCAUGCCGUUGCGUCGAUGGGUGCUUCCUGGGCCCGAUUUGGCGGAGAGGGCCAGGGCUGGCGCCCGCGCGCCUCAGGGCCGACGGGGGGGGGUGCGGCGCCGCUGCGGCCGUUCAAUUGCCUGGGGCCCGCCGAGGCGGAGGAGCUGGCGGCGGCUGA